UUUUUAGGUUUUUCUUCCUUUAUCUUUCCCUCUGCAUUUCUUCCAUCAUACUAAUUUUGUUGUGUCGGAAAAACAUUUCAUUCCAACGUGUAACCUUAAACACAUGACACAACCAAGCUGACUAUGCCCACUCGAAAGAAAUUUCAGUCCAUCUCCUUCCCCUUCCCCUUCUUAGUUCCAGUCCUCUGAUAAAAACCCAAAACAGACGCAAAGCUGAGAAGCUUAGGAUUUCUCCAACACCUCGGAAGCUAUGGAGAGUGGAACAGCCGUUGUUGCUUCAAGGGAGAGUUCGAGGAAGUCUAUGGCGGAGAGGCCUUACAAAGGUAUAAGGAUGAGGAAGUGGGGCAAAUGGGUGGCUGAGAUUAGGGAGCCCAACAAGCGUUCCAGGAUAUGGUUGGGGUCUUAUUCGACACCCGUCGCGGCAGCUCGAGCUUACGACACGGCGGUUUUUUACCUGCGUGGACCCUCGGCUAGGUUGAAUUUUCCCGACCUUUUGGCUGGAGAAAAAUCCGGUGGCGGCGAUGGCGAUUUGUCGGCUGCUUCUAUAAGGAAAAAGGCUGUCGAAGUCGGUGCUAGAGUUGAUGCUCUUGAGGCAGCUCACCACCACCAUUAUAAUCAUAGUUAUGACGAGGAGUUGAAGCCAAGUGCAGACGGGUUUUUACAUCGGGUUGAUUUGAACAAGAUGCCUGACCCGGAAGAUUCGGAUAUUGAAUGAGAAGGAGGGGGGGGGGGAAGGGUACUUGAAUGAAUCAUGGCCGUCCAACAUUUAUGAUUACAAAGUUGUAAUUUUUGGUAUGUCCCUAAGAGAAAGGGGGAGAUUGCUAAAAUGCACCGGGACAUUCCAGAUCGUGCACACUGUAGGGGGGAAAUUGAU